AUGGUAGAAGCCCUACUCGCCACCGUCAACGUGAAUUUCCAGCCAGAAGAUCAACUGCAGAACCAUCAGAUGACAGCCCCUCCAACAUAUCCCGCCGCCCCCAAUAGUUCUCCUCGUCGCCACCGCCGGUUGGGUCCUCAGCGUGGCCCUAUCCUUGGCGACCGUCGCAGCUUGGUCCUCCUCCACUUCUCUCAUUGUAGUCGCAUCCGGCUCCGGCGUGAGCGGCGCGUCGUGGGGCUUCUCAACCGAGGCAACGUCACCGUCGCGGCGCAGAUGACUGGCGGCUUCUCCGGCUGGGCAUCCGGGGCCGGCGGAUCGGCCAUGGCGAACCAAGCAACCCAAGAUUUGGGCGCGGUGCAGUGUGAAAUGGAAGGUGAUCGUUCCUACUAUACCAAUCUUAUUAAUGGAGGUUUCGAUACUUUUGAAGAUAUACCAGAAACUCCAAUUGAGUUGCAGCAUACUCCUUCAAUUGAGUUGCAGCAGACUCCUCCAGUAGUAAGGGAUCUGAACAUGUCAUCCAAGCAAAAUCAUAAGGCAAAAGGUAAAAAAUUUAGUGAGGAUGAGGAUAGACUGCUUGUUUCAGCUUGGUUGAAUGUCAGUACAAAUCCUACUCAAGGGACAAAUCAAACUAGAGGAACAUUUUGGAAAAGGAUUUACGUAUUGUAUGAGGAGAACAGAAGAAAUGAUGAGAAGACAAGAAAUUAUGCAGAACGUAGUGAGGGGUCAUUGUUGCAUCGCUGGAGUUCUAUUCAAGACGCAGUGAGCAAAUUUUGUGGUUGUAUCAACAGUAUUGAGAAUAGAAAUCAAAGUGGGCUAACAAUUCAUGACAGGGUGGAUCAGGCUGAGAAACUAUUCAAAUCUCAAGAUGCCCACAGAGCAGAUCGCAUUUGAAACGGAUCCACCGCCCGCCCCCUUGCAGUUGCAGGUACCUGCGCUGCGCGUGAAAAGAUUAAGCAGGCGCAUGCACGGGCACGGGUCGCCUUGCCGGCCGGUCAGCUUUCCGUAGCGACGGCCGUGCUCGGCUCGCUGACGAUGACAUCCUAACCGACGCAACGCGGUCGAGGGCGCUAGAAGGACGCGCGCGAGCGGCGAGCGUGAUCCCCCCACCAGAACCCUGCACAAUGACAUGUCGUCGCAUCAGCAAGGUGACGACCACCCGGAGGCUCGCUCCGAUCUGAUCAUCUCAUAAGAUGACUAAUAGGGAGAGCACCUCGUUCUCGAACUCCCUCGAACAGACGAUCUAUGGGUGAUCAGUGACGAAGCUAGAGCAAUUAUGAAAAAGGUAUACCUCUUUUGUAGAUAUAUAGAUAUAAAAUGUAGGUGGUGCUUAUAUAGUGAGAAAUUGAUCAUUAUGACUGUUUUUUUUGUUUUUGGGUGCAUGUGCACCCACCACCCAUUAUGUAUCUUCGCCCCUGCGCCUGAAAGGUCUUGGGUCGAUCAAGGUGGGGUCCUAUGUCCUAGAUAUUGUCGUCGUCUUCCUCGACUUCUUCCAAAUCGCUAGAAAGAUGGGAGAGCGCCCCAACAAGGUGAAUGUGCAACUUGUAAAGGAAAGUUGCAAACUGGUGCUCAAUGUGGUCGCCGACGUGUUGGCUAUAGUGAAGUCUGAAGGAGUGGAUCUAGACAAAACAAUCAUUGAUGUCAUCUUCAUUAAAUUAUAGUAUCAUCAAGACAUCAACUCGUUUAAGCACUAACAAGUAUACAUUCUAGUGGAGAUUGCUAAAAUCUAUUGGUGUCACAGGACACCAAAAAAAUGGUCUGAAUCCACACCUGCUGGUAUAUAGACCAACCACUAGACCAAUAUUUCACAGGAUAAACAAGGAGCACCUUGCCUUGGUAGAUCAAGAGGGGUAUAUAUAGCCCCAAGGCAAGAGCAAGUUGUUGCUUCUCCAUUCAUCAUUCAUGAUUGCACCAGAUGUGUUCGGUGCAACCCUAUUCUCCACACUGGCCACACGUAGUGAGGAUGCAAUAGUUAGUUACAAAACUAGCCAUUAACUAUAUGGGAUGUACGGUAAGACCAGAGCUGACCACCUAGGACUUUAUUAACAAAUAGAUCUUGUCUGGUGAGAAGUUCGAUGCACCACCAGACACGUCUAGUGAGUGUGUUGGCUACCUAGCUAGACUACUAUUUCUCAAUAGCCCAUCUCCUGUGCAACACGUCCAAUGCACAUUGGACGCCAAUAUGAUGUGAUGAUUUCUUUAACUGAAAUCCAAUGCAUUGUUCACAUCAAUAAACAAGUUCGAUGCAUAUAGGAAACUAAUUCAUAUAUGACACAUUUGGUGCACAUGCAACACCAUCAACUCAUCUAAUUCAUGCGCUCAUUGAGUUAGAUUUGUUAUCAACCUUGUAUUAUGCUUCUAUAGAGCAACCUAGCGUUAGUUUUCACACGUGUGCAUCAAAUCCACUCAUUGGACUCGACUAGGUCAAGCUAACAAUUUAUGACAUGUAUGUUGAAUGCACUGGUUACCUAGCUAGGCUACUGUCUCUAAACAUCUCAUGCCUGGUGCAAUACAUGAAAUGCACACCAGAAGCCAAGGUGAUGCGUUGGUUUCUUUAA